AGCCGAGAAGUUCGCGACGAAUCGAAUUUACUGUAAGUUCGCUCAUCUCUACUCCCAGCCAUCUGGAAAUGCAGGGAAAUGCAACUGGAUCCUUUCAUGUGAAUAAGACAGUGAGCUCACAAUCUUAUUUGGGAGUUACGACGUUUGUACUGAAUAUUUUACAGCAUUUGCUUUAAUGACAAUAUUUCACUAUUAUACACUGGUGUAAUAUACUUGUUCAGUAUAAAUGUAUCAGAUUAAACAGAGUCAACCCUGGAAUACUCUGAAUAAAUACACGUUGAUUGUUACUCUUUGAACUCUUUGAAUCAUCAGUAAUGACUAAAUAAUGUUUUGAAAACGAACUAGGAAUGAUACUGGUGACUGUAUCUCUAUGUGGCCCAAUGGUUUUGCUCCUUGGCCUAGCAGCAGCAUCCUGCCCCUUCACUAGUCACACCCUCCGCUCACUGUUGUGCACGUCUCAUAACAGCUUGAGAAGCUACUUUCAAUCCAAGCUGUCGUGACUGAUCAUGGCUCCACACAUUGUAUUCUUCCAGAUAUGUGUUGCUAUCAUCGCACUGCCAAUGCACAUUCUGGCUCUGUUAGGACUCUGGGAUCCUAUAGCUAAGAAGUUACUGCCUUAUCUUAUGGAGCGAAUAACCAAGAACAUCAACAAACAUAUGGGAAAACACAAGAAAGAACUAUUCAGCAGCCUGAGUGAUUUCAAAGGCCCCUCCGGUGAGCUUAAAGUCCUGGACCUUGGCUGUGGUACAGGCGCAAACUUCCCAUUUUAUCCUUCAGGAUGCAAAGUGUUGUGUGUGGAUCCUAACCCCAACUUCAAGACAUAUUUAAGCAAAAGCCUGGCUGAGAAUGAUCACGUACAUUUCCAGGAUUUCCUUGUCGCUCCAGGAGAGAAUAUGCCACAAGUAGCCAGUGGUUCCAUGGAUGUGGUGGUCUGUACAUUGGUACUUUGCUCUGUGGAUAAUAUUGAUGGUAUCCUGGCAGAAAUACACAGAGUCCUGAGGCCUGGCGGGGCAUAUUAUUUCUUGGAGCAUGUGGCUGCAGAUCCUUCCUCUUGGAGAUACUUUUUCCAAAUGAUUUUGGAUCCAACUUGGAAACAUAUAGGAGAUGGAUGUAAACUUACAAAGGAAACCUGGAAAUACCUGGAAAGAUCAAAGUUUUCUGAAGUGAAAUAUAAACAUGUCUUAGCACCGUUUAAAUGGAGCCCAGUUCGACCCCAUAUUUAUGGUUAUGCAUUAAAAUAAAUGUGAUUAAAAGUGUUUGCAUUUAUAAUUAAAAUCAUCAGGAAACAUGACUUCACCCACAUCCCCCCUCCUGAUAUCACUGUCCAUUCCUCCAGAGUGGUUGAGCGCCAGUGUGAUGGAUUGGGCCUAGAGCCGGGGCUCAAUAAAUCACACUGCUACUCAGUCUAUCACCGGCUUAGGAAGGACAGUUAAGGUGAUUUGUAAAAAAAUAGGCAUAGAUAUAACUAUUCUCUUACUAUACUAUUUUGACCCAUUCUGACCCAAAUUCUGACAUUUGAAUGAAAGUAUUUCAGUUACUAUUUAGCUUCAACAUUGGAUACAAUUUUUUUUAAUAAUAAUUAUUAUUAGGGUGCAUUCACACCAAAUUUUUGCAAUACAGUUCCCGUAGCCUACCACUGUUUUUGGUCCCGGUGAAGAACUGUAUUGAACCGUAUACUUUUUUUAAACACAGGAGUCAAUGGGAACUGUACAGAACUGUAUGUGCGUACGGUUCCAUCCGGUUUUCAUCAUACGGUUUUUUACUUUGCACAGGUUUUUUUUCUUGGAAUUUCAAUCAAACAAGUGAAACUUUAUUCAUAAUGGAGUGAAAAGUUAAAAAUGUAUACGUUUUUUUCUUAAAAAAACCGAUGCAACCGGACAUCAUUUUUUAAACCGUAUACGGUUUUUAACUGUAUAUGGGUAAAAUUUGUACAAACGCUUUGAUACAGUUUAGUCCGGUUUUGAGGAAUCUGUUUUUCAUCAAAAACCUGAUACGAGAACUGUAUUGCAAAAACGUGGUGUAAAUGCACCCUUGUUAUAGUUUUUUUCUGUGUUUGUUCCACUCCUGGUUUUGGUUUACAAAUAAUGAUGUAACAUAUACCUAUAAUGGAUGUCAAGUAAAUGUAAACCACCCAAACGGUGAGGGUAUGUUCACACAAUGGAAUUUCUAUGCCGAAUUCCGCACAGUGAUUCAGCAGCAGCAGAGUCCCAUCCAUCACAUGGAAAUUCUCCGGGGCGGACAUUGCCCUUGUGAAUAUAGCCUUACACUUCAUUGCUCUCUGUCAGGUCUUCCAUGGAUAUGUUUACCAUAUUCCCUGGUAGAUUUCCUGUUGCAUUUGGUAUACAGGCACCAGAAACGUUAUAAUUAGUUUUUUAUAUGGCAGUAGCCUAAUGUAAUAAAUACUUUUAGAAUUUUUGACCAAUUCAAUAAAAUGUUUACUAUAUAUAAUUUUAAAUAUCUUUAUACAAUUGUAUGUAUUUUUUCAAUAAAGAGGUUAUU